UUGAAUGAGGACGUGUCGAGUUAUGUAAAGUCAGAAAAUCAACGAAGAGUUCAAAUAAUUAUGUGACCUGCCUUGAAGCUUUUUAAGUGCAACACAAGACAGCGUUGAUGUGAGUCUGUAGACCUCAGCUCACGAGACUUCCUCCCUCGGAUUGUUCUACUUCUGCAUUUUGACUACUGUAGGGGUUUUUUUUUUUUUUUUUAGGGAACCACAAAACACAGGUGCAGAAGUGAAACCGGAGCUUCGUGUUUCUCAUUUCCUUUAUUUCCCCGCGUUGUCUCGACAGCCCCUCUGUCAUAAGCUCCCACUGAGACUCCUGUCUGCGUCCCUGAAGAGACAAGAGACUGAGGUGCUGGGAGUGAACGCCCUCUGUUUGAAGUCUAGAUGCAACAAAUAGCCUCAUAUGCAAAGAAAAUAUCUGGUUUUCAAAAUGACGCAUGCCCCUCGUUACACUCUCCUCCCGACACUGAUCAUGGUAUGUCACGUCAUGAUGGGACCGUCCAGCUGCGUGGCCGCCCCGAAGAAGACCUCCUGCGCUGUUGAAGGCGGCAGAGCUGACUGCAGCCACCUCAGCCUCAGUGAGGUCCCUCCAAACCUUCCUGGUAACCUCACCAGCCUGGACAUGUCUCACAACAGACUAAGGGGGAUUCCCCCCGUGUCACUAACCCCGUACCCGGGCCUCCUCCACCUCGAUGUCAGCUACAACAGUAUCACCAGGCUGGACGGAGGGUUGUGCCAGACACUUCCUCUGCUGCAGACGCUGAAUGUGAAACACAAUCAAGUGCUUUAUCUAAAGAAGGAGGAUUUGAGCCACUGCACCAGUCUAACACAGUUGAAUUUGGCGAGUAAUAGGCUGAGACUGGAAGGAGAGCCCUUCACUGCACUACAGAGCCUGACGUUUCUCGAUGUCUCCUUGAAUAAGCUGAAGUCAGCCAAGCUCGGCUCUCAGCCGCAGCUGCCCAGCCUGGUGAACCUCAGCCUGGCGCUGAACGACUUCACCACUCUGAAGAAAGACGACUUUUCCUUCCUUAACCAAUCCUCCUUUCUACAAGUCCUCAACCUGUCGUCUGUGUCUUUAAAAACGUUGGAGCCUGGCUGCUUUAAACCCAUUUCAAGACUACGCACUUUAAUCAUGGAUGGGAGCAAGACGGGCACUCUGAUUAUAGCCAAACUCUGCGCGCAGCUGUCGGGGACGGCCAUCGAUGUUCUGUCUCUUCGGAACAUGAGGCUGGUCACACUCACCAACACCACCUUCACGGGGCUACAGAAAACAAAUCUGACCUUUUUGGAUCUGUCUAAUAAUGGCAUGGGGAAGAUUGAAAAGGCCUCAUUUAAGUGGCUAUCUGAGCUUCAGUCGCUUGUUUUGGCAGAGAACAACAUCAAGCAUCUUACCAAGGACAUAUUUCAAGGCCUCACAAGUCUAAAAAGACUCAAUUUGACAAAAGCUCUGGUAAAAAGUCACACAUCCGCUGUCCCGAUUAUCGAUGACUACUCCUUCCAACCAUUAACCGCCCUUGAGUCUUUGAUAUUACAGAAAACUGCGGUUCGUGAAAUCACUGAGAACGCGUUUACAGGCUUGACCAGUCUUAAAGAACUGGAUUUGAGCUGGACUACUUACACUGCUCUCAAAAACAUCACCAACAAGACCUUCAUCUCACUUGCCGGAUCCCCUCUCAGAAAGCUGAAUCUGAUAGGAGCGGAUGUAACACAGAUUAAUCCCGGAUGCUUCUCCGUUUUCGGAAACCUCACCACUCUUCUUCUAGAUCACAACUACAUCAAGCAAACACUCACUGGCAAGGAGUUCGAAGGCCUCGGCCGAGUUCAAGAGAUCUACAUGUCCAACAACUUUCAGAGGGUCAAUCUGAGCUCCACCUCGUUUGUUAACGUGCCCAAUCUCAGGGUCCUGACUUUGGGAAAAAGUCUUACAGCCACGGCCUUGGAUCGGGAUCCCUCUCCGUUCAGUCCCCUGUCCAACCUCGCCUUCCUGGAUCUCAGCAACAACAACAUCGCGAACAUCAGAGGGAAUAUGUUGGAGGGGCUUGUGAACCUGAGGGUGCUGAAGCUCCAACACAAUAACUUAGCCCGCGUAUGGAAGAGUGCCAACCUAGGUGGGCCGGUGUUGUUUCUCAAAGGGGCCCAGAAGUUGACGUCCUUACUGAUGGAUAGUAACGGCCUGGAUGAGAUCCCAGUGGAGGCUCUGAGAGGGCUGACCGAGCUCCGUGAGCUGAGCCUGGGCAACAACCUCCUCAACAGUCUGAAGGACGCGGUUUUCGAUGAUCUGAACUCACUGCGGGCUCUCUAUUUACAGAAGAAUCUGAUCACAACUGUGAGGCCCGAAGUCUUCCGAACUCCCAUGAGCAACCUCAGCCUGCUCAUCAUGGGCAAAAAUCCAUUUGACUGCACGUGUGAGAGCAUCCUGUGGUUCAUGACGUGGUUGAAUACCACAAAUACGACCAGCGUGCCAGGCCUCAGGGAGCAGUAUAUGUGCAACACUCCGCUGACUUACUUCAACCGCUCCGUCAUGGAUUUUGACGCCCUCUCUUGCAAAGACAUGACCCCGUUUCAGGCUCUUUACAUACUGAGCAGCAUAGCCGUCCUCAUGCUGAUGGUAGUGGCGCUUCUGGUGCGGUUCCACGGCUGGAGAUUUGAGUUCUACUGGAACAUACUGAUCAAUCGCACGCUAGGAUUCAGUGACGCCUCGGUUGAAGAGGGCAGGGAGUUUCAGUUCGAUGCCUACGUCAUACAUGCGGAGCAAGACAGCAGCUGGGUGGAUCGCAGGCUCGUCCCCUUAGAGGAUGACAAAUGCAAGUUUUGUUUGGAGGACCGGGACGCGGUGGCUGGCAUGUCAGUGCUCCAAUCCAUUGUGGAUAAUAUAAGGAGGUCUCGAAAGAUCUUGUUUGUCGUCACCGAAGCUCUUCUGAGAGAUCCCUGGAGUGGCCGGUAUUUGAGGGGAAGCCAUGUGAGAUUCACGGCCCAUCAAGCUCUUCACCAGGUCAUUGAAGCCAGCAGAGACUCCGUGGUUCUGGUCUUCCUGCAGGACGUUCACGACUACAGGUUAUCUCGGUCGCUCUUCCUCCGCAGGGGCAUGUUGCGUCCAUGCUGCGUCCUGGACUGGCCUGUCCACAAGGAGAGGGUUCCGGCCUUUCACCAGAAGCUCCUCAUCGCGCUUGGAAUGACCAAUCGAUUUCAGGAGUGACUGGACUCCCGUCGGUAGUAAAAAGUGGAUUCCCUUUGUAAUGAGAUUUACCCCAUUUUUUUUUCUUUUCCACUAUGCUUGUUUUGUCCUAUGUGUGAAUGUUGUGCUCAUGUUUGCACCGUGUGCUGUACAGGCAUACUGUUUUAAAUUUAAUUGCAGCUUUGCAUCGACAAAUUGUGUGUUUUGGUCGUAUUCAUUCGCCUGUUCAAGUACUGUAACAGCUCUGAGGUGCAACAUCACUAAAUUCUCUGUUUUUACUUUAACCUCAGUAGAGGAGUUACAUUUUGAUAAGCCAUCAAUUACUGUAAAUGUUAUGUAAAGAAUAAAAUAUGUAUAUAUAUAUUGUA